GGGCUUCGCUGGGCGGGCGCGGGCGGGACGGGGGCCCCGCGGCGGCGGCGGCGGCAGGAUGCUCCUUCCCUCGGUCAGUGUCUGGAACCUGGCGUUUUAUGCCUUUAUGAUGUGCCUGGCGAGCCUGGGGCUGUGGGACGUCUUCUUCGGCUUCGAGGAGAACAAGUGCAGCAUGAGCUACAUGUUCGAGUACCCGGAGUAUCAGAAAAUAGAACUGCCAAAGAAACUGGCAAAACGCUAUCCUGCAUAUGAAUUAUAUCUUUAUGGAGAAGGAUCCUAUGCUGAAGAACACAAAAUUCUCCCUUUGACAGGUAUUCCAGUUCUCUUUCUUCCUGGUAACGCUGGAAGUUAUAAGCAAGUUCGUUCUCUUGGUUCUAUUGCACUUAGAAAAGCAGAAGACAUUGACUUCAAGUACCACUUUGACUUCUUUAGUGUGAAUUUCAAUGAAGAACUGGUGGCACUGUAUGGUGGAAGUCUUCAGAAACAAACCAAGUUUGUACAUGAAUGCAUUAAAACAAUUCUCAAACUCUAUAAGGGUCAAGAAUUUGCUCCAAAAAGUGUGGCAAUAAUUGGUCAUUCUAUGGGUGGUCUUGUUGCAAGAGCAUUGCUUACAUUGAAAAAUUUUAAACAAGAUCUGAUAAAUCUUCUUAUUACACAAGCCACCCCUCAUGUUGCUCCUGUGAUGCCAUUAGACCGUUUCAUAACAGAUUUUUAUGUGACUGUAAACAACUAUUGGAUUCUGAAUGCUAGACACAUUAAUUUUACCACGCUUUCUGUAGCUGGAGGAUUCCGGGAUUACCAAGUUCGUUCAGGACUGACUUUUCUACCAAAAUUAAGCCAUCAUACCAGUGCCUUAUCCGUUGUGAGUUCAGCAGUGCCUAAGACGUGGGUCUCAACAGACCACCUCUCCAUUGUGUGGUGUAAACAAUUACAGUUGACUACAAUUCGAGCAUUCUUUGAUCUUAUUGAUGCUGAUACUAAACAAAUAACUCAGAAUCCCAAGAAGAAAUUGUCAGUUUUGAAUCACCACUUUAUAAGACAUCCAGCAAAACACUUUGAGGAAAAUCCAGCAAUAAUUUCUGACUUAACAGGGACAUCUAUGUGGGUUCCAGUAAAAGUAUCCAAAUGGACCUAUGUGGCUUACAAUGAAUCUGAUAAGAUAUAUUUUACAUUUCCUCUUGCAAAUCAUCGGAAAAUCUACACUCAUGUCUAUUGUCAGAGCACCAUGCUGGAUACAAAUAGUUGGAUUUUUGGCUGCAUAAACAGCACUUCUAUGUGCCGGCAAGGAGUUGAUUUAUCAUGGAAAGCUGAACUGCUGCCAACAAUCAAGUCUCUGACGUUAAGACUUCAAGAUUAUCCAUCUUUGUCUCAUCUUGUUGUUUAUGUGCCAUCUGUUCAUGGAAGUAAGUUUGUUAUAGAUUGUGAAUUCUUUAAAAAAGAGACGAGAUCCAUUCAGCUUCCUGUAACUCAUCUUUUUUCCUUUGGACUGUCUUCAAGCAAAGUGAUAUUAAAUACAAGUGGUCUGUUUUAUAAUAUAGAACUCCUAAACUUUGGACAGAUUUACCAGGCUUUUAAAAUCAAUGUAGUAAGCAAGUGCUCAGGAGUCAAAGAAGAAAUAACUAGUAUCUAUAAACUUCAUAUUCCUUGGUCUUAUGAAGAUUCACUAACUAUUGCACAGGUACCAUCUUCCACAGAAAUUUCUCUGAAACUACAUAUUGCUCAACCAGAAAAUGACAGCCAUGUAGCAUUAUUAAAAAUGUAUACAUCUUCAGAUUGUCAGUAUGAAGUGACAGUUAAGACUUCCUUUUCACAAAUACUUGGACAGGUAGUUAGAUUUCAUGGUGGAGCUCUUCCUGCUUAUGUUACAUCUAGUAUCCUUCUUGCUUAUGGGGGGCAGUUAUAUUCUCUUUUCUCAACAGGUCAUUGCUUAGAAUAUACUACUAUGUUGGAUAAAGAAGCCAAACCCUACAAAGUUGAUCCUUUUGUAAUUAUGAUUAAGUUUCUCUUGGGAUAUAAAUGGUUUAAGGAAUUAUGGGAUGUGUUAAUGUUACCAGAAUUAGAUGCCAUCGUUUUAACUAGUCAGAGCAUGUGUUUCCCCCUUGUAUCCUUGAUUCUCUUUCUGUUUGGAACAUGUACUGCCUACUGGGGUGGCCUGCUUUCUUCUACAUCCGUGAGACUGCUUUCUUCAUUGUGGCUAGCUUUGAAAAGGCCCUCUGAACUUCCUAAAGAUAUCAAGAUGAUAUCAGCAGAUUUGCCCUUUUUGACAGUUGUUUUGAUCAUAGUUAGUUGGACAACUUGUGGAGCAUUUGCCAUACUUCUUACUUAUCUUUAUUAUGUGUUUAAGAUUGUUCAUCUGCAAGCCAGCCUAACAACUUACAAAAAUAGCCAGACUAUGAAUCCCAAACACUCUAGAAGAAGUGAAAAAAAAUCAAAUCACCAUAAAGACUCUACAAUACACCACCUUCGUUUAUCUGCCAAUGAUGCUGAAGAUAGUCUUCACAUGCACAAUACUGUGAUUAACUUAUUAACAUGGAUUGUAUUACUCAGCAUGCCAUCUUUAAUUUAUUGGUUAAAAAAUCUCAGGUAUUACUUUAAACUUAAUCCCGAUCCAUGUAAACCUUUGGCAUUUAUCCUUAUUCCAACUAUGGCAAUUCUUGGAAAUACUCAUACUGUUUCAAUAAAAUCCAGUAAAUUGUUGAAGACUACUUCACAAUUUCCACUUCCUCUGGCUGUUGGUGUAAUUGCUUUUGGGUCAGCACACUUAUACAGGGUUCCGUGCUUUGUUUUCAUUCCUCUUUUACUCCAUGCAUUGUGCAACUUUAUGUAAGAUUGGAUUUAAGGAAUGAUAAAAAUAAUUUAUACCUUUAGGGGGUCAGUAAUAAGAAGGAAUGCACAGAUUCAUCAAUGUGGACAGCAGGAUCCUUUGGAGAAGACCAGUCUAUUUUUACAACACUGAAAAUAGGAAAUUAGUUUUAUAAUGCUUGAGAAAGUAGUUUGAAGCAUGAUUUCGUUUUGUGGUAUGGCAACUGCGUACUAGUCAUUUUUGAAAAAUUGGUAAAAACGUAUGGUGGCCAGUUUUUGAGGACUUCUGCUUAUCAGCUGUUCUGCUUGAUUGGCCAUACUAAAGAUCUUCUAAAUACUCAGUAAAUGUAGCAUUGCUUGUAAUCUCAACUCAAGCAUUCUGCUCAUUUCAUCAAACUUUCCUGAAAAGUCGGUUACUUUGUAUUUGCUACAGCAUGCAUAUUAAGAAAACAGUCUUAAAAGAUGAAUGAAAAAGAUGAAAUUCACAACUGUUUGAUUUCUCGAAAAUGAAAUAAUUUCAAAAUGUCUUUGGUCAGUUUUUGGCAGCCACAGUGAAUGAGGCAUUUUUUAAACAAAGAUUAAAAUGCAACUUUUAAUUUUAAGGAGACAUGUUUUCUUGAUAAGAUUGAAAAAUAUAAUUUAAACUCAAAACUUCAUGAAAUUUUCUCUCUCCUUUUCAAAUUCAGAUCUUAUUUUGUAUUCUUGGUGAAUAUCAGGAGACUAUUAAAGAAAUCUUUGUUAAAUUUAAAGAAAAUUGUCCCAGGUAUUUGCUUACUGGCAUUGGAGUAGUACAGUUGUUCGGUAUAGACCAUUUUAUUUAAUUCAUUGACCCAUGGUUGCCAAAAGUGCCUAAGAUCAUGAUGGAUUGUUAAAAUAACAAGAUUCCAGUGGUCAGAAAAAAACUCUAGGUUUGCACAAUUUUUGUCUACCAUAGGAAAAAAUCAGCAUAACCAAGCGGUGUACCACAUUUGAUAUGUAAAAUUAUACUAUUAAUGGAAUAACCAGCCGUUGCCCAUUAAUAGCGUAAGUAUAAACAGUAUACGUAAAUAAAUUGGAAGUUUUAGCCACGAGUUUAACAAUGGCAUCUUAAUUUGCCAAGGUGAUUACCUUGGUUUGACAGAAAAGAGAGUAAUACUUCUAUUUCAUUUCAGACUUCAGCUCACUUUUAGCUACAAAAGAGCAGGUAAUGGCGCUAAGUAUCUUUGCCUUAAGGUAGAAUAAGCUCAGGCAGAGGUAUACUUGGCUCGUAGAGCCCUUCGGAACUUUGGAUGUGUAUGCUCUAAAGACCCAAACCUUUUAAGUAAAGCCCUUAAAUCCCAGUAAUACUUGUGGACUUUUGUCCUCGUUAGUACCCAGGAAUGUCCUAGAGUACCAGAUUCAUUUUAUCAGCGUUGCCUCUGGAUUCCGUUACGGCCUCUCAGCUGUUAACUGCCUGUAGAGGAUUACCCCCACUUCAUUGCCUAUAGAGAGUUACCUCACUUCUCUUCUCAGUUAUUCCUCAGGUCCUUGCUGCUCUGCCAUCAGUCGAAGAGGGUGUCUGUGUACUGUCUGUGAGGGUUAUCAGUUUGUUUGAUUUCAUUGUUUUCUCUUCCAACCUCAUUCCUAUUGUUCAGUAUUUAUAUUUUCACUUAUGGAGAUCAUUAAAGGGAAGUGAUAACCUCAGAGUACACAUGGCUGGCAUUUCAGGCUCUUGUUUGUUUGAGAGAGGCAGCAAAAGGAUAAAAUACAGAAUGCUUGUGUGUUCAGUACCUAAAAGGAAAAGGAGUUUAUUAUACACUUGUCCCAUAGCAAACCACAUGUAUAUUUAAAUAAGGACACGUCUGCUUAUGUUUACCUAUUCAUACACUCAUAAAUAAGUUUAUAUACAUUGUAUUUUUGUGUUUUUCACUGAUACUAUAUUUUAAGUUACAAGUUAAAUAUGUCACGUGACUAUUUCUGAAUUUAAACACAUUUAUAUAAAGAACUUUAGAAAAUUCAUUAGUUUGUAUCUUCUAUUGACAGCCACAAUCAUUGUAUCAUCUAGAGUCUUCUUGUUCAGUCAGUACUGCUCAUGAAUAAAGUGUAACCAGCUUAAAUUU